UCAAGCUGUCUUUCUGUCAUCACUAUGAAAUUGCUGUGGUUGAUCCAAAUUACAAAACAAUGAAAGCAAAACUGGUAGCACUCAUAGUUAUUUUUGUCACCAAUUUCAGGAUUUGUCAAAGCAAGAGGUAUGACAACUUCACACUGUUUGGGGUCGUACCCAUAGAGGUGGAUCAUUUGAAAUUCCUGCAAAAUCUGGAGAAACAGAAGUACAUAGACAUGGUGUUCUGGAAGAGACCCUUCAAGUUGUACCAUGAUGUCCAGUUUAUAGUGAAUCCUGCUGAUAAGGAUUUGUUCAUGGAAAGAGCUAGGCACUUCAAAAUGCACGCUGAAGUUCUAGCGCCUGAUGUUCAAAAGGCAUUCGACAAUCAAACGAUCAGACGCUACCUCAGGCUUAGAGUUGAAACGUACUCCUGGGAAUUCUACCACACCUUAGAGGACAUCUACCAGUGGCUGUCAGAUCUGGCUUUGAAAUUCCCUAAUAUCGUCGAACUGUACACCAUUGGGAAGUCUGCUGAAGGAAGAGAGAUAUUCGCGGUUGGAAUAAAGAAGGGGCGUACAGCGAGAGAGAAAGUUAUCAUUGAAGGAGGUGUCCACGGCAAUGAAUGGGUUUCAACAGAGUUUGUGACUUAUUUGGCUCGUGAGCUCAUAUACUGCAAUGCUACGAAAAAUGCAAGAAUCCAUCAUUUAGCUGAGAGAUACCAGUGGUUUCUGAUACCAGUUGUCAACCCAGAUGGGUAUGAUUAUAGCCAGAAAGUGGAUCGUCUGUGGCGAAAAAAUAGAAGGAGCCUUGGAGGCGGUGUAGGCGUUGAUUUGAACAGGAAUUUCGACUAUAGUUUUGGAAAACAUGCUGCCAGCCCGGAUCCAAAAGACGAGCAGUACUGCGGUCCAACACCGUUCUCGGAGCCAGAGAGCAAGGCGCUGUCACAGUUUGUGAAUCAGAAACAAGACCAUCUGAAGUUCUACUUCGCCUUCCAUGGCUAUGGUCAGAAGCUGGUCAUACCAUACGCCGAUAGGGUGAACCAUGUCGAGGAUUACUCCGAAAUGGAAAAUUACGGGAAACAAGCAAUAGUGAAAAUGUACAGGUUGUACAAGAAGAAAUACAGCGUGGGUACAUUCUACGAUACUCUUGGUUUUCGGAUUUCUGGAAACAGUGCAAGCUGGGUGAAGAAGACACAUCGAGUAAAGUACGUCUUCACAUUCCUUUUGCGAGACAACGGGAGCUACGGCUACGCCCUCCCUCCAGAUCAGAUCGCCCCAACCUGCAAGGAAACCCUGACCGGUCUCGUUGAAAUAAUGACAGCUUCAAAAAUGCAUAUAAAAAUAUUCAUUCUACUUCUAUACUUUUAUUCAAACGUUAUUUGUAAGAAGUAUUCUAAUUACACUUUAUACCGAGGUAUGCCAGUGAAUGAAGAGGACUUGGAAUUCUUCAAUAAUAUUAGUUCUUUGUAUAAUGUUAACUUUUGGAGGCCACCUAGUACCCUAUAUAGGCCGAUUGAGUUUAUUGUGUCUCCAGAAUAUCAGAAGGAUUUCAUAGCUGAUGCCAACAAGCAUGCUGUUUAUUUGACUACUAUAAUACCGGAUCUGCAAAGAGCAUUUGACAAACAAACUGUAAAAUCAUACAUUCGGAGGAACAUGGAGUCCUUUGACUGGCGAAGCUUCUUCAGGCUUAGGGACAUAUACAGCUGGCUUAAAGAUCUCAGCAAGCAGAACCCAACCGAAGUGAAGAUGUUUUCAAUUGGCAAAACCUAUGAGAACAGGAAUAUUUACGCCGUAAGGAUUAUUCUUAGAGGAUCUAAAAGGAGAUCCAAAGUAAUUGUAGAAGGAGGGAUACAUGCUAGAGAGUGGAUAUCCCCAGCAUUUGUCACUUACAUGAUGUAUGAAAUUCUUUAUGCCCCAAGUAAAAAGAAUAAAGAGUUGCUGGACAUAGCAAUGACGUAUGAGUGGUAUUUCGUCCCAGUACUGAACCCUGAUGGAUACGAAUAUAGUCAUACGGAGGACCGGCUCUGGAGGAAAAAUCGUGAACGGGGAUACGGUGUGGAUAUAAACAGGAAUUUUGCGUAUGCUUUUGGAUCUAUUGGAGUAAGCAACCACAAAUAUUCGGACAUUUACUGUGGACCGUCAGCAUUCUCCGAAAAAGAGAGUCAAGCUAUGGGACAGUUCGUUGAAUCGCACAGCCAAGACCUAGAAUACUACCUGGGCUUCCAUUCGUAUGGACAGUUCAUGAUCAUACCUUACGCUCACUCCAUAAAGCAUCAAGACAACUAUGAUGAAGUAAAAAAAAUGGGAGUUUCUGCAGCUUGGACAAUUUCGCGAAGAUAUGGUACUCAAUACUCAGUUGGUACUGCGUAUGAUACUGUAGGGUAUAGAACAUCCGGUGUUAGCGGUUGUUGGGUUAAAAGAACUUUUAAAGUUCCUUACGUUGUAACCAUGGAACUUCGUGAUAACGGGGAAGAUGGGUUCGCUCUACCCCCAAAAUUGAUUCUACCCACAUGUCGGGAAACCAUGGACGGCUUAUUGUCUCUCCUAAAACCAAGAACGCCGAAAUACCAGAAGAUGAAAGUUGAAAUCAUUCAAAAUAAUCACCAGGAGAAUACUAUGUUCGACGUGUUUGUACUAGUUUUUAAUCUUUUGUUGUUUAUUAUAGUGCGUUAUGAAUGAA